UAAAAUGGCAGCGCCCAUGGGCACAUUUGUUUAGAGGCCUUCCAUAUGCCAUAAGAUGGCAGCCAAGAGAUCUGUUGACAUUGAUCCUGACUACCAGGACCCAUGUGAUGUCACUGUCAGGGAGAACAAGCGGCAAAGAAUCAUAGAAACAGAUGGCCGUUCUGUAACAGAGAGUCGCAUACGGAGGAUAAUUGAUGAACAAUUUAAUCAAGAGACUCUCAAUAAAGAGACUGAAAUAAACAACAUGGAUAAGAGAUUACACCAAGCCAGACAGAUGUUGGACAGGCUAAGAGGGUGUAUAGUCGCAAAUUAUUAUAGUGGGGCAGGUCUACAACCUAACCAGGGUAAAACAGCCAGCCAACAAGUGCCUUCUAUUCAUCCAACAGUGAAGAAACAUCUUGGUAAAACGACCAAAAACUACUCAGGGAACACACUGAACAAUUCAACAACUCCAAUCAUUAAGACAGAAAAUGGAACAGGCUCAAAACCUAUUGAUAGCAUUGAUAGCAAAGAUAAUGCCAUUGAUGAGAAAGCAAAUGAACUUUUGUCCACGCCUGUUAAACAGAAAAACAAGACUCUUAACCCUAGCAGCACAAGUCCUGGGUAUAGAGGGUCACGCUUCAAAAUGAAGAAAAGAAUCAUUGUGGGGAAUGUAUCAAAGUAUAUACCUGUUGACCGUCGUGAGGAGAAGGAUCAAUCAACUCACAAGUGGAUGGUGUAUGUACGCGGACCUAAGAAUGAUCACAACAUUCAACCAUUUGUCAAGAAAGUCUGGUUCUUUCUUCAUCCCAGCUACAGACCAAAUGACCUCGUAGAAGUCACUGAGCCUCCUUUUCACCUUACAAGAAGAGGUUGGGGGGAGUUUCCUAUUAGAGUUCAGCUGCAUUUCCAAGAUGAGCGCAACAAGAGAGUUGAUAUAAUCCACCAGCUUAAGUUGGACCACACCUACACUGGGAUACAGACUUUGGGGAGUGAAACAGUUGUUGAUGUUGAGAUUGAAAGAGACACUUAUGAAGAAAUGCCAACUCCUGUUAGCCCACCACCCACCCCUACCACCACUGACGCUACCAGAGAAACACCUCAAUCUAGUGCGAAAAAGAGAAAACGUAAAACAAUAAAAUCUGAACCAUUAUGCAGCAAUACUGUGAUAGCUCAUGAUAAUGUGAACCAAGACUCAGUUGAAGUUCCUGCCAUGUCCCCUAUGGGCAGUGAACCAGGGUUAGAUAAUUCUGGAAAACUAGUGAAUUUUACCCAAGGGUCGAGUGUGUAUACAAUAUCAGGGGGCAGGUUGUCACAUAGGGCCCAUAGCUCUAUGAGCAUGGACUCUGAUUCCAUGAGUAGCAUUUCCACCAAUAGAUCUAACACAACCACACCAACUAAGUUAAAUGAAUCAAUAGGACUUGACGCAUCCUUGAGGUCCAACACACCAACUCCAACAAAGCAACUGGAUAGAGGAACACCCACUAAGAUCAUAAUAGGUGGUGCUACCAUCAAGCAAGAAGGACAGGAUACAGGUUAUGAGACUGCAAGUAAUGAUUCAUUUGGAUCUGGAUCAACUGGGGUCCAUAUGGGUAGUAGUUCUGGGUACAGCACUGUGAGGAUAGCAGGGGGCUUGGUCCAGCCUGGAGUCAAGUCUGAGAGUGCUCCCCCUUCCCCCAGUGGGAAACGAACCAAUACAUCUACACCAACUUUCCUAGGCCCCAGUCACACAGUCCCACCCUCCCCUGGAAGGCCAACUCCUGGGUUAACAAGCCCCAUCAAAACAGAGGUGAAAACUGAAAUGGGUGCCCCACAAACUGCAACUGGUUUGGCUCCAUCUACAGUAUAUGUUAAAAUUAUGGAUACUCAGGGAAAGACAUAUCUCAUACCACAACAUUUGUUACAGACUACUCCAGGUGGACAAUUGAUUUUGCCUGGUCUGAAGACACCUACCCCUGCAGCAGCAACACAGGCUGGGAAGCCAGGGGGGAAUAUUCUCCAGCAAGCUAUGCAAAGUGCUGCCAUGGUUAAACCUUUGGCCCCUCCUACCUCCAAGCCUGUGGCCAGCCAAUCUGGGGGUGCCACUAACUUAAUACUCUCAGGAAGCCACAUGAAUACCCAGCCACACUUGACAAAAAGCGUGACAAAAACUAAACCAGCUCAGACACCUGGAAUACAUCUCAUUCAAAGUGGGAAGAAUUUAUCGGGCUCUCAACUUCGCCUCACUGCUCCUCUGCCACAGCCUAUAGGCAAACUGGCAAAUCAUACAGGAUCAGGUUUACUCCUUGGCAAACCUGGCACCUCUACUGCUCAAUUUAUACCUCUCGUGGCUUCUAGUUUACCCUCAGGAUCUGUAUCAGCGUUUGGCAACCUUCCACGCACUGUCAUGAGUGUUAUAAAACCAGCAACUUCAACAGGUUUGUUGUCACCUGGUAACAUAACCAAUAAGCCCUCUGUUGGCCCAGGUGCGGUAUCUUUACUGACAGGCUCCUUAAAAGGAGCAAAUCAAAAAAUGAACAUUCAGGGAACAAAUAUUGUGUCAUCUGCUGAACAAAUGCGCAUAAUGUCAUCAACUGCAUGUGUAUCCAUGACAAACGUAUCGAGUAAUUCCAAACUGGUAACUCGUGUGUCAACUGCCAAAGCUGGAUUGAGACCCGGAGUGGCAGUUAAUAGAAUCUCAGGCUCUACCCCUCUCCCAGUAGCUCCAACGAGUGACUCCCAACUCCUUCGAACAAUACUUGACAACAAAGCUCUUCUUGGCUCACAUUCCCUCAUUCAUCCCACUGCUGUUAAGUCCAAGGUGAAAGACAGGGCACCAUAUAAAUACAGAACUCCUACCCCUCCCCCUCAGGGAGAUAACCAUGUGGUACCUGCUAAUGAUAAGGAACCUAGUCAUACUAAAUCCGAUACAAAAGUUCAAACCCCGACUCCAAUGUUAACAGCUAGUGUGGGUAAUCAAACAUUAGUUUUGAAACUACUACCGGAUCAACAGAGUAUCAAUUCAGCAACCAAUCAAAUCGUCCUCUUGCCAACACAAAGUAACUCGGGCAAUAAGUCACAUGUUAUACACAAACCAGCUGUGUUAAAACCUAGCACCAAUCAGGCGACAGCUCCUCAAAAGGGGACGUUGAAACCUCAACAGACCACAUAUGUGAUAGCCAACUGUGGCGCUCCACCUGUGCAUGUUAAACAAGAACCUAGUUAUGGAGAGAAGAUUAACAAACUCAAGGAGAAGAUGGAGUUAGAGGCAAAGAAAAAUGCAGUUCAUAUUCCUAAACCCAGGGACCAAAGUCUAUGCUUACAAAAUGUUGAGAACAUGGAAUGUCUUGUAAAGAUGCUUGUGAAACAACACCCUCUCAUAGAUCCUGAAGCAAACAAAGAAUACAGUUUACACCCUUAUUGUGCUGCUACUAAGGAAAUGUUUUUCAAAUGGAAUGUUGGGAAACGACGUGCUGCAGAGUGGCAUCGUGCUGUGUUUGUCCGUAAAAAGAUCUUGAUGUUGUUAAAAACCCAACCAAACCCUCGUGAACUGAAUGGAGAAAGUAUCUGGAAGACAUAUAAAAUUGUGAAAUGGUGCAGGCGCCAUCUAUUCACACCUCUUGAUUAUGGUUUGAGAAAAUCUUUAGAAAGAAAAAGACAAAAAUAUUUCUCUGCCAUAGAUUUUGAUACCAUUCCCAGUGAAUUCUCCAGCUACAGUGCCAAACAGGAUAUAGAUGUCGCCUUAGACAAGUGUGAAAUUAUUGAUGAUGGUAGUGACAGUGAUAUUGAAGUGGAAAUCAUUAACACAGGUAACCCAAUUCCAUCAGCAAAAAUCAAAGUGGAACCAGAGUCUGAAGAUGAAAUAGAAUACAAACAACACAUUCCUUCAUCUAAAGAUGUCACCACAGUCAGUCACAUUGCAAACCAGGUUGGUGUUGAGAUAAGGCCUGUGGAAGUGGACCUGGGAAUAAGUGCAGAUGCAGUACAGGAGAUGAUAUUCUCGGCAACUCGUCAGUUCACAGAUGACUUACUCAGGGAAGCAUGCUCUAUCCACAUAGCAAAUAACAGUUAUCCAGAGGAGCUAGGAUCUCUUGAUAUAUACAGAGCGAUUAAUUCAGUCGCCAAAUUUGACUUUCUAAGCAAUAAAAAUCUUGGGAGUCAAAUCAAUGACAAUCACCAUGGUGACAUGAAGGACCCAACCUGAAUAUAUAAUGAUACAACAUAGGAUGGAGUGAUAACCUUUAUUUAUUUAAACUACACGAGCAUUGUUCCUGACAUCUUAAGAUUGGAUUCUAUCAUGUAUUCUUUGCAAAUACUGUGAAUGUUACAAAAGGUGGUGUGCAUUUUCAACAUAAUUUUAAAAUUACUGUGCAUGUAUAGUUUUAGGGAUAUUGGGACAACUCUUAUAUUACACAUGAAAAAAGCAAAACUGUAGCUCUUCAAAAACUCUUUCAGUGAAUAUAUCUUUCCUGUAUUCUGUACCAGAUAAAGUUGUAGUCAUUUUACAAAGAAUUGGUCAAAAAAUCACUCCUAUAAAGUUUCAACCAUUUUGCCUUAUAUUGUAGUCUUACUCAAUGUUAUCAAAAUG